AUGAAUCCAACUGGAGUCUAUAAUUGGGCAAGAACAUUUAGUAAUCAAAAUUUAUGUGGAUUUCCUGUGUUUACUACAAUCAAAGGAACAUCCACUUCAAUGAAUCAUGGAGUUGGCUUAUUGAGUUCAUAUUUGAAAGACAGAUUAACAAUUGUAUAUUUAACAUUGAAUGAAGGUUUAGUGAUAAAGAGUUUUGUGUUACUAAUGCCAUUAUCUAAAUCUUACAACCCAGGUUAGUUGGUAGUAUCUAAAACAUAAUACGGAGUCAUAGCUUUAAAUAAUCAAACCAAUUGGGGGAUAAUGAUAUUUGAAUUGCUUACUGAUAAAUACUGA